CUUUUUUGUGCGUAUGAUGCACCGCGCGCUCGACGCACCUGUGCGCACAACAAACCCAGCCCGGUACCGCCUGGUUCCCCCCUCCUCCUCCUCCUCCUCCUUCUCCCACCCCCAUUCACCGCCCCACCGCCCCUCCGCCGCUCCGCUCACGCACCAGCAUCAGCACCAGCACCGUGAGCAUCGGGGGGGAAGAAAAACGCAGAACCCUGGAUGUUUUUUCUUUUUUUUAUUCACAAAAAAAAAGGAAAAACGACAUCAGUGUGGAGUUUAACUGCUGGAUUUUACGUACUCGGACACUGUCGGUGGACUGUGGAACCAAAGUGAUGGAAGAGCGAGAGACCUGUGGAACCCUUGUCCGCUCCGUUUCCCAGCAGACAACAUGAAGGAGGAACUUCAGCUGGUCCUGAUAGACAGAGAGGUCCAUCCCAUCAGACCUUGCACCAUGAGUCUUAAGAGCAUCUUUUUUGAAAAGUAACAAAGAAAUUCAACCAACACCACCUCCUUUUGUGUCCUGGAGGAUAGUAACAACGGAGGAAAACGACCAUCCCUCCAUCGGACCACCCAGCAGCAACCGGACAAUUUACUGCUGUGACUGACUUUAAGACUGUUAACUACAACGACUGUUCUCCUGCUACUGCCCUUUCCCUUUUUUAUAUAUACAUAUAUAUAUAUAUAUAUAUCAAUAACUGCACAUACUGUUAAUCAAACUGUAGAUCCCUGAAAUUCAGUCUUUCCACCUGAAGACGUCAAUGUGAUUGAAUUCCCCCGACAAACCUUUUUUUGGAUUAACUGAUUCUUUGCAACUAUGGAUCUUGUAGGCUUUUCUAUCAGACUGCACAUGUUCCUCAGCACAUGUCUGGGACUGGAGUUUUUUGGCACACCGGGUCAGUGGGCACGCUACCUCCGCUGGGACGCCAGCACCCGUGGUGACCUCAGCUUCCAGUUCAAAACGGACGCCUCAGAGUCGCUGAUGCUGUAUUUUGACGAUGGGGGCUACUGUGACUUUCUGCUGCUGUCGGUGGUGGAGGGCCGGCUGCAGCUGCGCUUCAGCAUCGACUGCGCCGAGACGGCAGUUUCGUCUGAAAAACGGGUGGAUGACAGCAGGUGGCACGUGGCCACUGUGGGCAGGUAUAACCUGCGCACGGUGCUGGUGUUGGAUGGCCAGGUCGCAGCCGAUGGUGUGAAACCUCAGCGGCAGUUCAUGAAAAUAGUCAGCGACCUGUUCCUGGGUGGAGUACCUCAGGAUAUCCGCAACGGUGCGCUCACACUGCCUACAGCGCGAAACAUGCAGCCCUUCAGGGGCACAAUCACAGACCUCAAAUAUGGCGUCUCGCAGCCAGUGUUGCUGGGAAGCUUUAAAGUGCCCCUGGAGUCGGAAGGAUGGUGCAGUGUGAACCCUUGUGAGAAUGGCGGUACAUGCUCAGUGGUGGAUGGACAGCCCAUCUGCGACUGCUCCAAAACAGAGUACAGGGGCCGCUUCUGCAGUGAAGAAGUCGUCAGUAAUAUGCCAGGCCUUGCACAUAUGAUGGCAGAACAAGCUAAAAGCAAAGCAAGGGAAGAGAAUGUGGCCACUUUCCGUGGCUCAGAGUAUUUCUGCUACGAUCUCUCCCAGAACCCCAUCCAGAGCAGCAGUGAUGAGAUUACACUGUCUUUCAAGACAUGGCAACGAAAUGGCCUUAUCCUUCACACUGGCAAAUCAGCUGACUAUGUCAACCUGGCUCUGAAGGACAGCGCUGUCUCCCUAGUUAUCAACCUUGGCUCUGGAGCCUUUGAGGCCAUUGUGGAGCCCGUCAAUGGGAAGUUCAAUGACAACACGUGGCAUGAUGUCAAAGUGACCCGCAAUCUCCGACAGGUGACGAUAUCAGUGGAUGGGAUUCUAACCACCACGGGUUACACCCAGGAGGACUACACCAUGCUGGGAUCGGAUGACUUCUUCUACGUGGGUGGAAGCCCUAGCACUGCUGACCUGCCUGGCUCUCCUGUCAGCAACAACUUCAUGGGCUGUCUCAAGGAGGUGGUGUACAAGAACAACGACAUUCGACUCGAGUUGUCUCGUCUGGCUCGGAUCGUGGACCCGAAGAUGAAAAUCCAGGGCGAGGUGUCCUACAAGUGUGAGAACGUGGCAACUCUGGACCCCAUUUCCUUUGAGACUCCGGAGGCCUACAUCAGCCUCCCCAAGUGGAACACCAAGCGGAUGGGAUCCAUCUCUUUCGACUUCCGCACGACCGAACCCAAUGGCCUCAUACUCUUCACCCAUGGUAAACGCCAGGAACGCAAAGACACCGCCCGCAGCCAGAAGAACACGAAGGUGGACUUUUUUGCCGUAGAGCUGCUGGACGGCAGCCUGUAUCUGCUGCUGGACAUGGGCUCAGGGACUAUUAAGGUGAAGGCGACCCAGACAAAGGUCAAUGAUGGUGCCUGGUAUCAUGUGGACAUCCAGAGGGACGGACGCUCAGGCACCAUCUCUGUAAACAGCAGAAGGACGCCAUUCACAGCCAGUGGUGAGAGUGAGAUUCUGGACCUGGAGGGCUUUAUGUACUUGGGGGGACUUCCUACUGACCGCACCAACCUCAUCCUGCCCACCGAGCUCUGGACGGCGAUGCUCAACUAUGGCUACGUGGGCUGUAUCCGUGACCUUUUCAUCGACGGCCGCAGCAAGGACAUCCGUCAGAUUGCCGAGAACCAAAAUGGCGCCGGCAUCAAACCCUCGUGCAACAAGCAACCUGGCAAGCAGUGCGAAAGCUACCCAUGCAAAAAUCGAGGCAUCUGUAAAGAAGGCUGGAAUCGGUUCAUUUGUGACUGCACCGGCACUGGCUACUGGUCACGCACCUGUGAGAGAGAGGCCUCCAUCCUCUCCUACGAUGGCAGCAUGUACAUGAAGGUGGUGAUGCCGAACAUCAUGCACACUGAGGCGGAGGACGUCUCCCUGCGUUUUCGCUCCCAGCGAGCCUAUGGCCUCCUCAUGGCCACCACCUCCCGAGACUCAGCUGACACGCUCAGGCUGGAGUUGGACGGGAGUCGUGUCAAACUCACGGUCAACCUAGACUGUAUCAGGAUAAACUGUAACUCCAGCAAGGGACCGGAGACCCUGUAUGCUGGGCAAAAGCUCAAUGAUAAUGAAUGGCAUACAGUGCGUGUGGUGCGUCGCGGCAAAACCUACAAGCUAAUGGUUGACGAUGAUGUAGCAGAAGGCCAAAUGGUGGGCGACCACACUCGCCUGGAGUUCCACAACAUUGAAACGGGCAUCAUGACGGAGCGCCGAUUUGUUUCCACCAUCCCAUCCAGCUUCAUUGGUCACCUGCAGAGCCUGAGGUUUAACGGCAUGCUCUACAUCGACCUGUGCAAGAAUGGAGACAUCGAUUUUUGUGAGCUCAAUGCCCGCUUUGGGGUUCGGUCCAUUAUUGCUGACCCUGUCACCUUCAAAUCCAAGAGCAGCUACCUGAGCCUGGCCACCCUACAGGCCUACGCAUCCAUGCACCUCUUCUUCCAGUUCAAGACCACCUCUCCAGAUGGCUUCAUCAUUUUCAACUCUGGAGAUGGCAACGAUUUCAUCGCUGUAGAACUGGUUAAGGGAUACAUCCACUACGUCUUUGACCUCGGAAAUGGGCCAAACCUCAUCAAGGGCAAGAGCGAGAGAGCGCUGAAUGACAACCAGUGGCACAACGUGGCCAUCACCCGGGACAGCAGCAACACCCACACGCUCAAAGUAGAUGCCACAACCACGAGUCAGAGUAUCAACGGGGCCAAGAACCUCGACCUGAAAGGUGAUCUGUUCAUCGCGGGACUGGGUCCAGGCAUGUACGGCAACCUGCCAAAACUGGUGGCGUCCAGAGAAGGCUUCCAGGGCUGUUUGGCGUCAGUGGACCUCAACGGUCGCCUGCCGGAUCUCCUUAAUGACGCUUUGUUCCGCAGCGGGCAGAUUGAGCGCGGAUGUGAAGGUCCCAGCACCACCUGUCAGGAAGACUCCUGUGCCAACAUGGGCAUUUGUAUUCAGCAGUGGGAGAACUACACCUGUGACUGCUCCAUGACCUCCUACACUGGCACACAGUGCAAUGACCCUGGGACAACAUACAUCUUUGGCAAAGGAGGAGGCCUCAUUACAUUCAAAUGGCCCGCCAACGAGAGACCCAGCACCAGGACAGACAGGCUGACUGUCGGCUUUAGCACCUCCCUGAAAGAUGGCAUCCUGGUUCGGAUUGACAGCGCACCUGGCCUGGGAGACUAUCUCAUGCUACACAUACAACAAGGGAAGAUUGGAGUGACAUUCAACAUUGGCACAGUGGACAUCAGUGUGCAGGAGAGCAGCACCCCAGUGAAUGACGGGAAGUAUCACGUGGUCCGCUUCACCAGGAAUGGCGGCAAUGCUACGCUGCAGGUGGAUAACUGGUCAAUCAACGAGCACUUCCCAACAGGGAACAACGACAUUGAACGCUUUCAAAUGGCCAAUAAGAAAAUUCCUUUCAAAUACACCAGACCAGUAGAAGAGUGGCUACAAGAGAAAGGACGGCAGCUGACAAUAUUCAACACACAGGCGAAAGUCGCAAUCGGCGGCAGCGAUCGCGGGCGGCCUUUUCAGGGCCAACUGUCCGGCCUUUACUAUAAUGGCCUCAAAGUGUUGAGCAUGGCUGCUGAGGGUAACCCCAACAUCAAGAUUAACGGCAGUGUGAGGUUGGUAGGUGAUGUGCCGAGUGUGGCGGGCUCCGCCAGGUCCACGGCCAUGCCCCCAGAGAUGUCCACCACCUUCAUUGAGACGACUACCAUGAUGUCCACCACCACCACACGGAAACACCGAUCCCCCUCAACUGUACAGAAGCACUCGGCAGAUGAGAUAGUGUCGUCCGCAGAGUGUUCGAGCGAUGACGAAGACCUGGAGGAGUGCGAAACUAGCCACGCAGCCAACAGCUCUAAUGCCGCCCGACCGCUUCGUACUGCCUUUACAUGGACAUGGCAACUGACUUACACUGUCACCCUCAUCACCCUCAUUUCCUAUGUAGUGUGUUCAUAGGUCCCGCCCCCUUCUUCACCUUCUCCCUUGUCUUUAGAGGUAUUAAAAUAUGAAGUCAUCCAUCCAUUCUACUCUAAAGAACCAAUGGCAAUUAAGCAAAAAUAUGGAUAGAUUUUAGAUAACAUUGAAGUCUAUUGCAAAAAUGAUAAAAGAAAAUGUAGAUACACAUUUUUUUUGUAAAAGGAAAUU